GAGACUUUAGCUUGUCUCUUUUAUUCCUCUUUUCUUUUCUGAGUGUUCCCAUUUCCUGUGGACUUAGCGUUUACCCAGUUUGCAGAGCAAAGAAAUGGAAUAUUAGAAGUUAGAACCUGUCUUCUUUGGCUUGCUAUAUAAUAUUUCCAUUUGUAUAUUAACCAUUAUUCAUUAAAUCAUUGACUCACUCACUUCCAAGUGAAAACAAUGCCAGAGUCUUUUCUGUUCAAUACUGCAGAGAGCAUUUUGGAGAAAUUGGCCUCUCUUGCUCUUGAAGAAUUUUUAUUGGCAUGGGGGAUUGAAGAUGACCUUGAAAAAAUUAAAGAAAUGUUACUUGCUAUCAAAGCUGUGCUUUCUGAUGCAGAGAAGCGUCAAUCCCAGGAUCACCGGAUAGAGUUUUGGCUUGGAAAGCUUAAAGAUGUCCUUUAUGAUGCAGAAGAUGUGAUUGAUGAGUUCCGCUGUGAAGCUUUGCGCAGGCAAGUGGUGAAAUCUGGAAGCACUACGAGGAAGGUCCAAACCUCAAUUAGUUGAGUUGCGUUUACACGUGGGCUUCCCUGAACCAAAGGAAUAGCUUGAUUGCUAGUAAGACAUUAUACAUAUUAAUAGUCUUCUACAUCAUUUUUCAAAUUUUGAAUAAUUAUGUUACUAAAAAUAUUUGUUGUAUAACAUGAAAAAAAACUAUUGAUUUAAACCUUUGAUAUUAUUGAUAACACAUUUUUCAAAAUGGAAAAAAAAAAAAAAUGUUCAUGCUGGUUUAAUUUGAGUGUUUGGAAGAUGGAAAUUAUACGAGGUUGCUAGGUGCAGUGAAUUAUAUUGCCCCAGAGGU